GUUAGUGCUAAAAUUAGUAUAUCAAAGCUGAUCACUCUUAUUAUCAAUUAAAAGAUAUUUUAAAUAUAUUUAGAAAUUUACUAUCAUCAUUGAUUCAUCCGGUUUAAUGUAUUCACGCUUGAACGUAAUAUUUUACAAAUUUUUUUUACAAAAUUUAAUUUUUUUUCCAACAAGGCACUCAAAAAAAUUUGAAAUGCGCCUUGAAUUGAUAACAUCAGAGUUGCCAUACUUAUAGUUAACUCAGCUGUUUUCUGUUUGUUUUCAUUGUUCAUAUUUGUGAAUGUCGGUUGGGUGACUCACGCAUUUAAUAAUUUUCAACUAAAAGUUAGAGUAAAUUAAAUAUGUUUAACAAUUUAUUUGGCAAAAAACCAACUGUUAAGGAACAGCAAAGGGAAAAUGACAAAAAUCUACGAAAAGCCAAUCGCGACAUAGAUCGAGAGCGCCGAAAACUAGAAGAGGAGGAACACAAACUGCAGCAAGAAAUAAAAAAGGCUGCGGCACAGGGCAAUAAUGAUGUAUGCCGCAUAUUGGCGAAACAACUUGUGGAAAUAAGAAAGCAAAAGUCUCGGACAUUUGCAGCAACCAGUAAAAUUACAUCGAUUGGUUAUCAAAAUAAAAAUAUGGGAACAAAUAUAGUAUUAGCUGAUGCGAUGGGAACCACUGCCAAAACAAUGGGAGAUAUGAACAAGGUGAUGCGGCCAGAAAGGAUUGCUGCAAAUCUUCGAGAUUUCCAAAAAGCAAAUAUGCAUAUGGAAAUGACAGAUGAGAUGAUAAACGAUACGUUAGAUGACAUGCUGAACGAGUCGGGCGAUGAAGAAGAAAGUGAUACCAUUGUUAAUAAGGUUUUGGAUGAAAUUGGUAUUGAAAUAUCAGGUAAAAUGGCAAACAUUCCAUCUACUGGCUCUGGAGAUUUGGAAAAAAGUGCACGCACCGAAAAGGAUAUUGAAGACCAAUUGGCUAAAUUGCGCUCCUCUUAGUUAACGUUGUAACACUAUACAAUAAGUUAGUUUUUAUAAAUGUAUACCCUUAUGAUCAUGUGAAUUUUAAAUAAAAUGCUAUUACUUAAGACA